AUGAAUGGCCCUUUAUUUUGUGGGGCAGCCGUGGCCUAGUCAGGGCUUCGGGCUCAUAACCGGAGGGUUGCCGGUUCGAUCCCCAACCAGUCCAUGGCUGAAGUGCCCUUGAGCAAGGCACCUAACCCCUCACUGCUCUGCUGGUUGGGCAGGCAGCUCACUGCUCUGGGUUAGUGUGUCAUUCACCUCACUGUGUGUUCACUGUGUGCUGUGUGUGUUCACUAAUUCGGUUAAAUGCAGAGAACUGAAUUUCCCUCACAGGAUUAAAAAAAAUAUAUAUUCUAUUCUAUUCUAAGGUGAAGUUUUACAACUAUUAUGUGCUUGUAUGUAAAGUCAAUGUGAAUAUAUAUUUGCUCAAACACAGAGGCAGCUGAUGGCACCAGUAGAUCUUGAUCUCUAGAAUAUCUUCUGAGGAAGAAGGUGCUGCCUCCAACAUGAAUCUCCCAGAGGAACCCACUCAACAUGGAUCUAGAGGGCCACUUCAGCAGAAGAGGUCAGACCCCCCUGUAGCCAGCGGUGUGUCCAUCAAGAGUGACCAGUCCAUGAAUCAUCCAGUAGUAUUUGGAGGAGGAGACCCCACUACUGACCAGCCACUUCAGCAGAAUAGGCCAGACUUGCCUUUGCCCAGCGGUGUGUCCAUGAAGAGUGACCAGUCCAUGAAUCAUCCAGUAGUAUUUGGAGGAGGAGACCCCACUACUGACCAGCCACUUCAGCAGAAUAGGCCAGACUUCCCUGUGCCCAGCGGUGUGUCCAUGAAGAGUGGCCAGUCCAUGAAUCAUCCAGUAGUAUUUGGAGGAGGAGACCCCACUACUGACCAACAUCAACGUACAAACACACAGAGUCACAAAUCCCUUCUGCAAAAGAAGUUUCAGUGUUUAUCUGAGGGAAUCUCUAGGCAGGAAAACCCCACACUCCUCAAUGAGAUCUACACAGAGCUCCACAUCACAGAGGGGGGAAGUGGAGAGGUCAGUGCUGAACACGAGGUCAGACAGAUCGAGAUGGCGUCCAAGAAAUCAGAAACAUACGAUACACCAAUCAAAUGUAAUGACAUCUUCAAACCCUUAAAUGGACAAGACAAAGACAUAAGAACUGUGCUGACACAGGGAGUGUCUGGCAUUGGAAAAACUGUCUCUGUGCAGAAGUUCAUUCUGGACUGGGCUGAAGGAAAAGCCAAUCAGGAUGUCCACUUCAUCUUUCCUCUUCCAUUCCGGGAGCUGAACCUGAUGAAGGAGAAGAAAUUCAGUCUGGUGGAGCUUCUUCAAAACUUUUUUAUCGACAGUAAAGAUUUCAGUAUCUUCACUGAUGAAAAGUUCAAAUUGUUGUUCAUCUUUGAUGGUCUGGAUGAGUGUCGGAUUCCUCUUGAUUUUCACUCCAACCAGAGGUGUUGUGAUGUAACAGAACCAACAUCAGUGUCUGUUCUGCUGACAAACCUCAUCAAGAGGAAUCUGCUUCCUUCUGCUCUCAUCUGGAUCACCUCCAGACCAGCAGCAGCCAAUCAGAUCCCUCCUGAGUGUGUGGACCAGGUGACAGAAGUACGAGGCUUCAACAACCCCCAGAAGGAAGAGUAUUUUAGGAAAAGAGUCAGUGAUGAGAACCUGGCUUACAGGAUCGUCAGCUACCUGGAGUCAUCCAGGAGCCUUUACAUCAUGUGCUACAUCCCAGUAUUCUGUUGGAUUGCAGCUACUGUUCUGGAGAGAAUGUUGUGUUCAACAGAGAGAGGAGAGAUCCCCAAGACUCUGACUGAAAUGUACACACACUUCCUGAUCAUUCAGACAGAUAUCAAACAGAAGUACACAUACAGAGGAGAGACAGAUGAAGAGAUGAUUGUCAAACUGGGGAAACUUGCAUUUCAACAGCUGGAGAAGGGCAAUCUGAUCUUCUAUGAGAAAGACCUGGGAGAGUGUGGCAUUGACAUCACAGAAGCAUCAGUGUACUCAGGAGUGUGUACCCAGAUCUUCAGAGAGGAGGCUGGGCUGUACCAGGGGAAGGUGUUCUGCUUUGUGCAUCUCAGCAUCCAGGAGCAUCUUGCUGCUUUAUAUGCGCACCUCACUCUCAUCACCCAGAAGAAAAAUGUUUUAAAUCCAGUCAGCUCCAGAUCCAAAUAUACUCAGGUUUUCAGACCUGUUUCAGACUAUUUGUAUGACCUGCACAAAAGUGCAGUGGAUCUCGCCUUACAGAGCAAGAAUGGACACCUGGACCUAUUCCUCCGCUUCCUUCUGGGCCUCUCACUGGAGUCCAAUCAGAAUCUCCUAAAAGAUCUACUGCCACUAACAGCCAGCCAAUCACAGAGCACAGAGAAAAGUGUCCAGUAUAUCAAGCAGAAGAUCAGGAAGAAACCCUCCUCACAGAAAUGCAUCAAUCUGUUCCACUGUCUGAAUGAGCUGAAUGACCAGUCCCUUGUGGAGGAAAUCCAAAGGUACCUGAGCCCAGGAGGUCUAGAUGAAGCCAAACUCUCCCCUGCCCAGUGGUCAGCUGUGGUCUUUGUGCUGAUGACCUCCGAACAGGAGCUGGAUGAGUUUGACCUGCAGAAAUACUCCAGAUCAGAGGCGUGUCUGUUGCGUCUGAUGCCUGUGGUCAAGGCAUCCAGAUCAGCCCAGCUGCGUUGCUGUAACCUGACAGAGAAAAGUUGUUCCUCUCUGGCUUCAGCCCUCAGUUCAGGCUCAAGUCUCAGACAGCUGGAGCUGAGUAAUAAUUACCUGCAAGACUCAGGAGUGAAAUUUCUUAGUGCUGCAUUAGGAAAUCCACUCUGUAAACUGGAGACACUAAAACUGCAUUACUGUAACCUGACAGAGAAGAGUUGUUCCUCUCUGGCUUCAGCCCUCAGUUCAGGCUCAAGUCUCAGACAGCUGAACCUGAGCAAGAAUGAACUGCAAGACUCAGGAGUGACACUUCUUAGUGCUGCUUUAGAAAAUCCACUCUGUAAACUGGAGACACUACAACUGCGAGACUGUAAGCUGACAGAGAAAAGCUGUUCCUCUCUGGCUUCAGUCCUCAGUUCAGGCUCAAGUCUCAGACAGCUGGACCUGAGUUACAAUAAUCAGCUGGACUCAGGAGUGAAACAUCUUAGUGCUUCAUUAGGAAGUCCACUCUGUAAACUGGAGAUAUUAGUGUUGUGUUGCUGUAAUCUGACAGAGAACAGCUGUUCCUCUCUGGCUUCAGUCUUCAGUUCAGGCUCAAGUCUCAGACAGCUGGACCUCAGUAGCAAUAAUCAGCUGGACUCAGGAGUGAAACAUCUUAGUGCUACACUUGGAAGUCCACUCUGUAAACUGGAGACAUUAGUGCUGUAUAGGUGUAACCUGACAGAGUACAGCUGUUCCUUUCUGGCUUCAGUCCUCAGUUCAGCCUCAAGUCUCAGACAGCUGGACCUGAGUACCAAUAAGCUACAGGACUCAGGAGUGAAAUAUCUUAGUGCUGCAUUAAGAAAUCCACUCUGUAAACUGGAGACACUAAAGCUGUGGAACUGCAACCUGAUGAACAAAAGCUGUUCCUCUCUGGCUUCAGUCCUCAGUUCAGGCUCAAGUCUCAGACAGCUGCACCUGAGUGACAAUGAGCUGCAGGACUCAGGAGUGAAACUUCUUAGUGCUGCUUUACAAAAUCCACUCAGCAAACUGGAGACAUUAGGGUUGUGUUGGUGUAAGCUGACAGAGAAAAGCUGUUCCUCUCUGGCUUCAGUCCUCAGUUCAGGCUCAAGUCUCAGACAGCUGGAGCUGAGUAGUAAUUAUCUGCAAGACUCGGGUGUGACACUUCUUAGUGCUGCAUUAGGAAAUCCACUCUGUAAACUGGAGACACUACAGCUGUGUGACUGUAAUCUGACAGAGAAAAGUUGUUCCUCUCUGGCUUCAGCCCUCAGUUCAGGCUCAAGUCUCAGACAGCUGAACCUGAGUUGCAAUGAGCUGCAGGACUCAGAUGUUGAGCCCCUCUCUGCUCUUCAGAGGAACCCACAGAAUAAUUUACAGCACCUAGAAUGGAAAUCAGCAGGCGGUAGCGUCUCCCUGAUGGCAGCAGGGAAGCAGUUUAUUGUUGGGGGUGACCGUGGUACUCAGUCCUCCUCCUGCUCUGCAUCGUUUGAUAGCAAAGCUAUUCACAGAGUGUCACAAGAUUAUGGCUGAACUGGAGGAAGAAUGACCUCAAAUACCCCCUGAACAUUGGGCAGAUCUGAUUCAGUUACUAGAAGCACUCGCUUGAGCCAUUUACUGCCAAAUAGGUUCAACCGGUAAUACAUUCAAAGGGUUCACUUACAUUUUCCAGCAGCACUUAGAUCAAGAUCAGAGCACAUUGUAUGACCAAUUUCAGCAGAAAACUGGAUAAUUCCAAAGGAUUCACAUAAUUUGCCUUGCCAAUAUACAGUAUGUUUAUGUGUGAAGUUAUGCUUAUAUGAAUUAAUGUGUGUAGUGAUUCAGACUGAUGUACUUAUGCAAAUAUGUGUAAAUGUAGUGAUUAAAACAGACUGAUUGUUGUUGCUUACUCUUUUCUCACAAAAUGUAAGGUUUUAUUGCCAUAUGACAAGGAAGAUAUUUAAUAUACAUGUUUGUGUUGUGUCAUUAUUCUGAUAUUAAAUGAAAUGUGAAGUACA